UUAAACACAUCACCCCUUCACUCUGCCGUAUUCGCACGGAGGCCCUCGCUGAGGCAGGCCUAGGGACCUCCCCACGAAAAGACAGAUCUUCAAGGCUCUGCUCUGCUCCUCGGAGGCCCAAGCGAGGGGAGACCGGGGUAUAAAUCGGCGCGGUUCUCGAAGCCCCUCUUCUCCGCCCCGCCCCGCCCCAAAUUUCUCCCCCUUUCCGCUUUCCCUCCCUCCCUCCUUCCACCCAAGCUGCUUUCACAGCGAGAGUGCGCGCGCGCGCUGGGGAAGGCAAUGGCGGAGCAAGCGGGUGCCAGGAGGACGUGGGCCGCGCUGGCGGCGCUCGGGGCCGUCUCCCUGCUCCUCCUCCUCCUCCUCGUCGCCCUCUCCGGCGGCGGCAGCACCGGCGUCGCGGGGCUCUCCGGCGGCAGCAGGCUCCGCUCCGCGUCGACGGCCAAGGUGGUGACCGCGGCGGCGAGCGGCGCCAGGCGGUGGCUGCGGGACUCCACGUCACGGCUUGCGGCCACGACUACAGCGACGGCGGCGAGGGGCGAACGUGCCGACGAUCACGCCGACGGUGCCGCGGCGGUGGCGGUGGAGGACCCGGAAGCGGUGGUCUCGCAAGUGCACAUGUCGAUCAGGAACAGCACCGCCCGGAGGAACCUGGGGUACCUGUCGUGCGGCACCGGGAACCCCAUCGACGACUGCUGGCGCUGCGACUCCGACUGGCACAACAACCGGCAGCGCCUCGCCGACUGCGGCAUCGGCUUCGGCCGCAACGCCAUCGGCGGCCGCGACGGCAAGAUCUACGUGGUCACCGACGCGGGCGACGACGACCCCGUGAACCCCAAGAAGGGCACGCUGCGCUACGCCGUCAUCCAGGACGAGCCGCUGUGGAUCAUCUUCAAGCGCGACAUGGUCAUCACUCUCUCCCAGGAGCUCAUCAUGAACAGCUUCAAGACCAUCGACGGCCGCGGCGCCAACGUGCACAUCGCCAACGGCGCCUGCAUCACCAUCCAGUACGUCACCAACGUCAUCAUCCACGGCCUCCACAUCCACGACUGCCGCCCCACCGGCAACGCCAUGGUGCGCAGCUCGCCCAGCCACUACGGGUGGCGCACCAUGGCCGACGGCGACGCCGUCUCCAUCUUCGGCGCCAGCCACGUCUGGGUCGACCACUGCUCCCUCUCCAACUGCGCCGACGGCCUCGUCGACGCCAUCAUGGGCUCCACCGCCAUCACUGUGUCCAACAACUACUUCACCCACCACAAUGAGGUGAUGCUGCUGGGUCACAGUGACUCCUACCUCAAGGACAAGGCAAUGCAGGUCACCAUAGCUUUCAACCAUUUCGGGGAAGGGCUCAUCCAGAGGAUGCCAAGGUGCAGGCAUGGUUACUUCCAUGUGGUGAACAAUGACUACACCCACUGGGAGAUGUACGCCAUCGGAGGGAGCGCCGAGCCGACCAUCAACAGCCAGGGGAACCGCUACCUCGCCCCAACCAACCCUUUUGCCAAAGAGGUGACAAAGAGAGUCGAGACCGCUCAGACCACCUGGAAGGCCUGGAACUGGAGAUCAGAGGGUGAUAUGCUGCUGAACGGCGCCUUCUUCACCCCAUCGGGGGCAGGCGCCUCAGCCAGCUACUCGCGCGCUUCCAGCCUCGGUGCCAAGUCCUCAUCCAUGGUCGCCACCAUCACCUCUGGGGCGGGCGCCCUGUCGUGCCACAAGGGCUCUUCCUGCUAGCACAGCACAGCGCCUCGACAAGGACGACAACAACAGAAAAGAGAACACCACCCCCAAGAUAUACUUACUAGAAGCUAAAAAAGAAGCUACCUGCCGGAACAUGGAUCACGGUUACAGUUUUUCUUUUCCCUUUGCCCUUCUUUUUUGACGACGGCUGCCUACAUAUAUGUUGAAAAGUUCGCCAUUCCGCUGUCAACCUCCCCCUGCAUGCCUCUCGGCCGCUGUCAAGAAACGCCCCCGGAGCAGCAGGCGAGAAGCGUUGCUGAUUGAUUCGUUGGUCGCUCGGCGUCCUAUAGUCCCCUGAGUGUGUCUGUGUGUGUUGUGCUUUUGUGCCAGAUGAUGAGAAUGAUGCUGGCUGUUUUGUUGUUGUUGUCAACUGAAAAACCGCUAGGAUGAUUACCGCAACAAGUGUGUGUGUGUGUGUGUGUGUGUGUGUGUGUGUGUGUAUGCCUGGAAGAUGGGCUGGCUGGUUAAAAUGGUACUGCUACUACCGCUGUAAGAUACUACUAGUGCUCCUGGAUCUGGAUGGCUUUUAUCUGACUUGUCCGGUGCAAAUUGAAACAAGGAUUAAUUAAUCUGUUGAGCAUCUAUUUUGGUUUA